AUGGCCGCCGUAUCAGAAUUGAUCGUCUUCAUAGGACAGAAUAUAACGAGCAUCCUGCUACUAAUUUUUGUCAUUCACCUUACACGCAAUUAUUUGAAAUCCGGGGUAUCCUCUAUACCGGGACCAUUACUAGCUAAGUUAUCGAAUGCUUGGAGAUUCGUCGAUGUUGCGAAAGGUCAUGCCGAGGUGACAUUGUUGAAUCUUCAUGGCAAGUAUGGUGACUAUGUGCGACUUGGUCCGAAUGUGGUGAGCGUUCGGGACUUGGACGCAAUAAAGAUUAUUUAUGGAAUAAACAAGGGAUAUGACAAAACCGACUUUUACAAAGUCCAACAGCAAUUGGUCAAGGGCAAACCCACGCCAACUCUUUUCACUACCACAGACGAAGAGUUCCAUGCCGCGAUAAAACGACCUGUAUCCUCCGCGUACUCGAUGAGUACCCUGACGGAGUUUGAGCCUUUUGUUGAUCAAACCAUUCAUACGUUUUUUAAAAGAAUGGAUGAAUUUGCGAACGAUCAUAAAGUCUGUGAUAUCGCUACCUGGUUGCAAUACUAUGCCUUCGAUGUCAUUGGAGAAUUGACCUUUAGCAAAUCAUUGGGGUUCUUGGAAAAAGGAUCUGACGUGGAUGGAGUCAUUGCCGCUCUUGAGGCAAUGCUCAAUUAUUCUGGCAAGAUUGGACAAAUUCCCUGGCUAGAUUAUGUCUUCAUCAAGAAUCCCCUCAGGAGAAUCAUUCAAGGAGGUUCCACCGGCGCGGUGGCUCGCUUUGCCCGUGCCCGGGUCGACGAGAGACUCAAAGAAGCCAAGCUAGAAGGAACAGUCGAAAAAGAUAGAUCAGCACCCAAACCAAGGGAUUUUCUUGCUCGAUUUCUAGAAGCAAAAGAUUUGCAUCCGAACAUUGUGAGCGACAACCAGGUCUUCUCCUACACAGUCUCCAAUAUGAAUGCCGGAUCAGACACCACCGCUAUAUCGCUCCGAGCUGUUCUAUACUACACACUUAAAAAUCCACUAGUUGCGGCGAAGUUACAAACGGAACUAGAGACUGCCUUGAAAGAAGAGCGAAUCACCGUCCCGGUCUCGUGGAAGCAAAGCCAGGAAGAACUGCCUUAUCUCGACGCAGUCAUCAAAGAAGCACUCCGAUUACAUCCUGCUGUGGGGCUGAUCAUGGAACGAAAGGUACCCAAGGGUGGUCUACAACUGCCAAAUGGCGGACCAUAUCUGCCCGCUGGGACAAUAGUCGGUACCAACCCCUGGGUAAUUCACCGACAUGCUCUUUUCGGUGAAAAUGUUGAUAAAUUUCGUCCCGAGAGAUGGCUACCAGCAAACGGCGAAUCUGAUGCCGAGUUCCAGUCUCGAAAGCAGAAAAUGCUCCGUGCGACACUCACAUUUGGGGCGGGGGCGAGGACUUGUAUUGGGAAAAAUAUCAGCCUGCUGGAAAUUUACAAGUUAAUUCCUUCGCUAUUACUCACAUAUGAUAUUAGAUUAAAGAGCCCGGAAAAGGAAUGGGAGACUACCAAUGCAUGGUUUGUACGACAAACAAGAAUUGAUGUUUUGUUGGCUCGUCGUGGUUUUCAAUAG